AUGGCGGAUGAAGCGAAAGUAAACUCAGAAUCUACAGAAAUUCAUCGAUUAUUUUAUGUGGAAGAUGAUAAAUUUUCAAAUGGUGGUGAAUAUAGAAUGGCAGUCGACUUCCAAAACAUGCAAAAUAUAAUCGAACCUCUUCGUCAAUUAGAUCUUGAAAAAGCAAAAAUAUUUGGUAUAUUUGGUGAUAAUAUGGAUGUUACAAAGUUUCUCUAUUCAUUAUUUCCCGAUGGUCUGAAUGAAAUAGAAUCAUUGUUUACCAAUUGUGAUCAAAUGCCAGCUAUGUGGACAAUUUUCAACAGAAAAAUGUUUGUUUUUUUACUACUUUGUAAUCAAGAUACGGCUUUGGAAAAAGGAAACUAUUUUACUGUUGUUAUGCAAAGAUUUUUACAAGAUAUAUGUCAAAACGUUAUUAUUUGUCCAUCGGAAUCAUUUUUUACGAAUUUUUCAACGGAACAUUCAUUUCACGGUAAACCAUACGGAUCUCGAACAUACAAAUUAGUGAAAAAGGAAUUAGUUGACAUUCAAGAACCGAAAAAUAUAAAACUUCACGAUAAAAAUAUUUUCAAAUCAGUAUUAGAUGAACAGUGUCAAAAUGUUUUAAUUACAAAUAAUAAUCCAAUAACGUAUUGUGUCCGAAAAAUUUCUCAAGAUGCGAAUUUGAACGCAGAAAAUAAUAAAUUUAAUGAAUUAAGUGAACUUCUACAAAAAUAUUUUGACAUUGGUAAAGCUAACUUACGUAUGAUCCUUGAGUUAUGUGAUAAAACUCGAAUAUUUUUAUCAAGUAAACAAAAAGAAAAAAUAGAAAGAGUGAUUACAGAUUCUGUACAAUUAUAUAAUAAUCAAAUAGCUCAUAUUGAACAAGAAGUAAAAUCCUCCAUCCAUGAAUUAAUUGGCAUGGCGAAAAUAUUGGGUUCUUUCAGACAUGACACUGAAAAAGAUUUUAGGAAACAGUUAUAUGAAACCACAAAAGGCUGGCUAAUUGACCCCAGACAAUCAAAAACAACUGCUGAAAAUUGUACUGAGUGCCUUAUCAGCACGUUAGAAAACCAUUUAAAAAAUAAAACAUCGAAAUUUAAUAUUACUGAUGAACAUCGUUCCGAAUUUAUAUCUCGACUGAAGAAAAAUGACAAAAAAAAUGAAGUGCGCGAUUUGCAAGAGCGAUGUAUAAAAUUAAUUAUAUUAGAAGCUCAAUCAGAAAAUCAAUUCGAUAUCCAUUUUGAUAUUCAUCCAUUACAUUACACUCCUCAGUUUGACGCUGAACAUCAUCACCUGCAACACUUUACGAUCAAUCGUUUCGCUCCAAUUCAAAUUACAUUCAAUGAAUUAAAUACUUUCAUGAAUCUGUCUGAAAUAUCUGAGUCCGAUCGUCUUGAAUUACCUAAAAGAAUAAACUGA